CCCCACCUAACCCUUGACAUUAGAGUUUUAGAUAACAGAACAUUCGAGUGAGAUAUUUGUAAGAUUAUUUUGAAAUUUCUUGUGCGAAUAAUAUGUGAAAGAGUUUUUCUUAAACCAAAGUAAACAAAAUAAAUGAAUAACCUGAAAGAUUGUAAGUGUAAAAUGGAGUCUAAUUCACAAGAAGAUAACACACAUGUGAUGCCCGUCUCACAAGCAGUGCGUGCCAAGAGUUUGUUACGUGCAAACUUGGAGAGUUCUCGUGGAAACUUGUUACAAAGCAGAAUGCCGAAUAUUAAAGUAUUCAGCGGAACAUCGCACCCCGAAUUGGCUCAACGAAUUGUUGACAGACUUGGAAUUGACAUCGGCAAAGUUGUCACAAAGAAAUUCAGCAACCUCGAAACAUGCGUGGAAAUCGGAGAAUCCGUGCGAGGAGAAGAUGUUUACAUUGUGCAGAGCGGUAGCGGAGAAGUAAAUGACAAUCUGAUGGAACUGCUAAUAAUGAUUAACGCUUGUAAAAUUGCAUCUGCAUCUCGUGUAACUGCGGUCAUUCCAUGUUUUCCUUAUGCUAGACAGGACAAAAAGGACAAGGGAGGUGACGAAGGGGACAAGUCAGAUUCAUCAAAGAGUCGUAUUGUCAUGAGAACUCACGAGUGGAAAUUCAGGAGUCGCGCUCCAAUUUCUGCCAAACUUGUCGCUAAUAUGCUCUCGGUGGCUGGAGCGGAUCACAUCAUUACAAUGGACUUACACGCGAGCCAAAUUCAAGGCUUCUUUGACAUUCCAGUGGAUAAUUUAUUUGCCGAACCUGCUGUUCUUAAAUGGAUAAAGGAAAAUAUUGUUGAAUGGCGAAACAGCAUUAUCGUUUCACCUGACGCUGGCGGAGCUAAGAGAGUGACGUCUAUCGCUGACAGGCUAAAUGUUGAAUUUGCCUUGAUUCACAAGGAGAGAAAAAAGGCAAAUGAGGUGGCAAGUAUGGUUUUAGUUGGUGAUGUCAAAGAUAGAAUAGCAAUUCUUGUUGACGAUAUGGCCGAUACUUGUGGAACAAUUUGUCAUGCUGCUGAAAAAUUAUUGGAAGCUGGUGCAACGAAAGUUUAUGCCAUUUUGACACAUGGAAUAUUCAGUGGUCCUGCCAUUAAUAGAAUCAACAAUGCAUGUUUUGAAGCUGUUGUUGUCACUAAUACCAUUCCACAAGAUGCUCACAUGAAAGAUUGCCCCAAAAUCCAGUGCAUCGAUGUCUCGAUGAUGUUUGCUGAAGCAGUAAGGAGGACGCACAACGGCGAAUCAGUGUCGUAUUUGUUCUCGAAUGUACCAUAUUAAAUUCUUUUUUUUUUCCCUUUUUUUAUAAAGUUUCAUUUGAUAUGAAACUAUUAUUAUUAUUAUUAAAAUAAGAACAUAAGCGUCCUUUUUAGUUGCCAACAAUUUGUUAGAAAUUUUUUUUUUGGGAAUAACGGAACUUAAAAUUACAGCGAUAAAUUGUAUGUUUGGAAAAAAGGGAUUUACAGUUUCGUUUCUCAAAAAAAAAUCUAGCAAAUUUUGUUAUCGUUAUCUCCUAAUCACCAAAGGCAAAUUUCUUUUUUGUGCUAAUCUCUUUCUCUUCGAACGAGUUGUUUAAUUCAUGUGUCAUCAUCGUGUCAAAUAGUAAGAGGUUUUUUUUUUUUUUGUUUUUUUUUCUUUGCGAAUUGUACACGUAGGGUUGUCCUAUAGUUGAUUUUUAUUGCACCAUCUUUCUAUCACCGGAAAUAGAAUCGGAGACUUUUAAAGUUCUCCCGUCGUCCGGAUAACGGAAGCUUACUGCAAAAAAUUGUAUGGUUUUUGAAAGCCACCUUUUUGAAAUCUGUACAAAAUUUUUAUAUUUACUAUUUUUCGCACUGGUUUGUGAAAAAAUAUAUAUAUUUUUCUCUUUUUUUUUUUUUGUAAAACAAUUGAUAGAUUUUAUAUAUAUACACUUAAUUUUUUUUUUGUAAAAGGGAAAUUAAUUUUUUUUAUCAGAUUUUUUUUUUGAUUAAUUAGAUAUUUUUCUCAGACAAAAAUUGUUUACAUUUUUGUUUUGAUUAAAAAAAAAAUACGAAAAUAAUACUCGUCAUUUUAAAAUGAAAAAAUUUAUUGUAUAGUUAUCUUCAUAACAAACUUGAUAUUAAAAAUUUAUACAGAAAAUAAUUUUUAUCGUACACGAUAUUUUACAAUAUUAUAAACGGUAAUAUUUUGCCGUAUAGUUUUUUGAAUUGUUCGGGAAAAAGAAAAGAAAUUUGCGAUUUUAAAUCUCUAUACACUUCGUUAUCUAUAAUAUACACUUUCGUUAUCUGAAGGAUGAAUGUACAAAUAAAUACUGUUAUUAGUAUUUUAAUUUAAGGAUUUAAACUGGUAAUUCAAAUGAUAUAGAUAUAUAUAUAUAUAUAUAAUAUAAUAUAAUUAAAACAUUAGAAAGCUGACAUUAAAUUAACUUUGUUGAUUUUGAAUUAGACAAUGAAACUCAUUUUUAAUAAUUUAGUGUUUUCUUAUUA